ACCAGACUAGGACCAGGCCCGAUGCACUCUUCACAGCUCCAGACCUUUCUGCUCCUCUUCACUCGGCUGUGGAUGACAUCAUACUCAGAGGUCACAGGUCAGGAGCAGGUGGACUGUGAUGACCCAGAGCUGGAUGACCUGUUCCUGAUUGAGGGGGAGUCUCUGUGGUUCACCCCUCAGCAGUCGAAUCAGAACAGCUCCUUCACCUGGUUCUGGAAGAUGUCCCAGGACAUCAUCCAGCUGUCCUCAGAGGAGACAGAACCUGUGCACGCCCAUGGAGACACGCUGUGUGUGCUCAACAUCACCAGGGAGCGCUCUGGCUGCUUCCUUGCCCGGGAGGUGAAGGCCACAGGUGACCUCACAAAGCAUUACGUGCGAGUGAACGUUGUGCCAGAGGACAGCCCAAAGCGAGUCUACACGGUGGAGGAGAGUGACACUAACAUCUUCAUCUUCUGCCCCGAACAUGCGCUCCACCCGUGUAAUAGGCUCAAUGGCACGUUGUCCUGGUACAAGGAUGGCAUGCUCCUCCCUGAGCAGCACUGGGACCCUCUGCUGGUGUCAGACGCCACAGCAAAGGACCAGGGCCGGUAUGACUGUGUGUGUACCUGGAUUCACCAGAACCACCUGUACCGCUCUGUGGCCCCCAGACAACUGCAAAUCAUAGAACAACGUGUUUAUCUCCCUGUGAGGAUCCUGGCUCCCAUUGAGAAACAGCAGCUGGCCGACCCAGGUGUCAGUCUGCUGCUCAACUGCACUGUGCUGUGUGGCAUCAACCUCCCUUCAAGCCAGUGUGUGGCCACGUGGAAUGCUAAAAACUCUGAUCUCCAAUCAGAAGGAUACAACCAAACCAGGCAUGUGGAGAAAAAUGCCUCCAAAAAAACCAUUGUGACCCAGACCCUGACCAUCAAGAGCGUAUCAGCUCUACACUUCACGGAGGAGUACGAGUGUUUGGGCGAGAGGCACCCUGGAGACUCUGAGUCAAUCAUUGUCCACCUCCAGCCCAGAGAGUCUUUGGUGUCCCUGGUUACUGCGGGGACAUGUGUCUUUGUCCUCUUCGUGCUCAUAUCUGUGAUGGUCAAAUGCUUUGUCAUAGACCUGGUUCUGCUGUCCAGGAGACUGUUCCCAUUCCGUCUGGGGGACACUGGAGUGAAGGUGUUUGAUGCAUACGUGGUGUACCAGAUGCCCUCACAUGAGAAGCCCAUAGAGGAGCUCCUGUGUCGCUUUGUGUCCCAGGAACUGCCUCACAUCCUGGAGAACAUGUGUGGGUACAAGUUGUUCAUCCAUGGACGGGACAACCUGCCAGGAGAAGAUCUUGUGGAGCUGGUGGAGGAGCGCAUGAGAAAGAGCAGGAGACUCAUGGUCAUCCUCACCCCAUGCGCGGCGUCAGGAGUCACAGAGACGUACGAGCAGCCAGAGGGAUACGACUGGCAGGUAGGACUCCAUCAGGCUUUGGUCCUUAGAGAUCUCAGUGUAAUCCUGAUUCAGCUGGGGGACACUGGCCCCAGGGGGUACUCACACCUGCCCCCUGCACUACAGCACCUGAUCCAGAAGAGCGCCCCCAUCAGGUGGACUCCGGGACCAUGUACCGCCCAGGUGCACUCUCGCUUCUGGAAGAGAGUGCGCUAUCUGAUGCCCGCCACCCCGGUCAGAACAUACCCCCUGUCCACUAUCUGAGAAAUGAUUGUGAUAUGUGGAUACUUUGCAGCAGAUGUCAUCAACAUUCCCUGGGGGGUGAAGCUAAAGGAGUGCGCUGGUCUGUCUGAAGCUCUUUUAUUCAUCUGAGCUUUAUCUCAACACAAUCUGACCAGAAAGAAAAACAGGAGAGGUAAUUUGUGCUGCUAAGCAAGUCCCUCUCGAAUAACAUUACAGUCACAAGCUAGCCAGCAUUAACCAACAAUUUUUCAGUUUAAUCACUCUCACCUUUUUUGUUGAAAAUCAAACACCUAAAUGGAACCGUGAACCCUCG